AGAUCAUUAGCUGAUGGACGGUUUCUGGUAUUACUUUAAAACUCCUCAAUCCAGACCUUAGUAACAAAGAUUCAUUUACUUGACUCCGCCGAUUAGCACCACCAACCAUACACACCAAGUCGCAAUGGCAGACACAGACGGCAACUCCUCCAUCCCAGAACUGUUAUACCACACAACUCUAACGGUAGUCGACUUCCACCGGGACACGUCCGGCUCCACCCGAGACACCCACGUCCUCGGCACGCACACCACCCUCCCCGCCGCCAAAGCUUUCGCGCUCAGGGCGCUGGAGACGCUCGGCUACAAGCCGGCCGACUUUGACGAGUACGCCACCCGGGCCGACUAUUCCGGGGAAGCGGCCGAGGAAUGGCCGCACCACGACGGCGUCAUGGUGUACGCGCGGGGCCCCGCGGGCCACGAGCUGCUGGUGGGGCUUGACACGAAGCCCAACACAGAAUCGUUGCCGGCGGUGGCGGCCGACGACAGCGCGGACCAGCACAAGAAGGACACGCUGCAGCUGCCGGCGGGCCACGACCGGCUGCACUACGUGCUGCAGAACCGGACCGACUACACGCAGGACCAGCGCGCGGCGUACCAGACGGCCGAGAUCCAGGGCUGCUAUGCGCGGCGCGACGACGCCCUGGCGGCGGCGAGGCAGGCACUGCAGGAGGACCGUGACGAGUAUGCGCAGUAUGACGAGCGCGGCGAGGACCAGGGCGAGGACGAGGAGUGGCCGUUCGGGGAGGAGGUGGUCGUCCAUGCUGUGGCGCAGACUGGAGAGAAUUACACGAUUGCCGUGAAGACGGCGAUGCAGGCACAUGAAAAACAUGGCAAGGUGCUUUGAUGAGUUGCGGCGUGUUGAAGAACUAGUACUGGUGGGAUGAGAACCAAAGCUGCAAAGUCCUCAGGAUGAGGAAUCGCUCAUUGAGUUCCACUCUACUCUAGCCACCGGGGUGCGUCAUA